AUUAUGACAGUUGUUAUCGAAUGCCCGAGUUUGCAUUUGGUACUUUACAAGUAACAUCUGCAACUGUUUAUUUGUGGUGAAAAAAUCUGUCCUUAUUUGAAAUCGAUACUUGCACAAACUAAAAAUAUCCAGACAUGGCUUUCAUAAUACCAAAUUUGUGUAAAUGUUUAUGCUUGAGGAAUCGAGCCGGCCUUAACCUUGUACAAACUGCGUCAUAUCAUGCCAAUGUGAUUGACCACUACGAAAAUCCUCGUAAUGUUGGGUCUUUAGACAAAAAGGAUGCUAAUGUUGGCACAGGGUUGGUUGGGGCACCAGCUUGCGGUGAUGUUAUGAAGUUGCAAAUUAAAGUUGACGAAAACGGGAAAAUAAUAGACGCCAAGUUUAAGACCUUUGGUUGCGGCUCUGCUAUUGCUUCCAGCUCUCUUGCUACAGAGUGGGUCAAGGGCAAAACAGUUGAUGAAGCAUUGAAACUGAAGAACACUGACAUUGCUAAGGAAUUGUCCUUGCCUCCUGUGAAACUGCAUUGUUCUAUGCUAGCUGAAGAUGCUAUCAAAGCUGCACUUUCAGACUACAGGAUCAAGCAGCAAGGAAAGAAGUAGGUCAUGAUUAUCAUGAGUUGGAACAGAUCUGUGAUGGCUAUUUAAGUCUGGGGAUGUCAUAUUCAAAAGAUGUUUAAUGUUUAGAAGCUCUUUUUCCUUGAAAAUUAUAUAGAUCCAUAGAAAAAAAUACUAGCGCUAUAAAUUUGUCCCCUUAUUUAGCAGUAAUUAAUAUAUCUAUGUUGAAUUUUAAUUAGAGAGAAUAAAUAAUAGCUUAGAUAAA